CGCUCGCCACAUAAAUUUCGUCAUUCUGCUUGACCCCCUGCGCCCUCCCAUCGACACAUCCAUCCUCAAAUCUCCCGAAAAAAUGACAACCCGAUUCAAGAAGAACCGGAAGAAGAGGGGCCACGUGAGCGCUGGCCAUGGUCGAAUCGGGAAGCACAGAAAGCAUCCCGGAGGCCGCGGAAACGCUGGAGGGAUGCACCACCACCGGAUCCUCUUCGACAAAUACCACCCGGGAUAUUUUGGUAAAGUGGGUAUGAGGUAUUUCCACAAGCUCCGCAACAAGUUUUAUUGCCCCAUUGUCAACAUAGACAAGCUCUGGUCGUUGGUUCCGGAAGACGUCAAAGAGAAGGCUGGCAAAGACAAUGUUCCUUUGAUCGACGUAACGCAGUUCGGGUACUUCAAGAUUUUGGGGAAAGGGGUUUUGCCGGAGAACAAGCCUGUCGUUGUUAAGGCGAAGCUGGUGUCUAAGACGGCUGAGAAGAAGAUUAAGGAGGCAGGUGGCGCGGUGGUGCUUACUGCUUAGGGUUACUUUGGUAAUUUUCAUCUUUUUUCAACCGUGUUGGGACUUUCAGAGUAAAGAUUUUGAUAUAAUGUAGUUUUAAUUUUAAUUUCAUUUCUACAUAAUAUUUUGUCACGACCUUAUUUUGUUUUCAGUUCAAAAAUUUAUAUUUCCGUAAA